AGCUCUGCGGCCGGUGGCGUCGUCGUCGUCGGCGGCGUUUCCACUCCUCUUCAAAGGGCCUUGCUUGCUCGCUUGCUUCCGGGCCGGGUGGGCAGGCAUGAGGAGCCGGGAGGUGCCAUGACGGUGCAGGCCGCCGCCGGGAGCCGCUGCAGGGGCGCGGAGUGAGCUUCGCUGCCUGCUUGGCCGCCGCUCUGGCCCCGUCAGGCCCCUUCUCUCUGCGCUGCGGCGGGCGGAGGCGGCGGCGGAAGGAGGAGCCGCGGCAGGAGAAGCCCCCCAUGGAAGGGAACCGCGACGAGGCGGAGAAAUGCCUGGGGAUCGCCCGAGAGGCCCUGGAGGCCGGGAACCGGGAGCGGGCGCAGCGCUUCCUCAACAAGGCCCAGAGGCUCUACCCGACCCAGGCCGCCAAGGUGUUACUGGAAGCAAUUAUGAAGAAUGGGAGUGCUGCUGGGAGUGGUGCAUACUGUCGAAAACCAGCAAAUAGCAGUGAUCAAAGUAAACCUAAUAAUGUGAAGGACAGCAGUGCAACUGCUGCAGGUGAAAGUGGGAAGACAUACACCAAAGAUCAAGUGGAAGGAGUACAAAGUAUAAAGAAAUGUAAAAAUUAUUAUGAAGUCCUUGGAGUGUCCAAAGAUGCCGGUGAAGAAGACUUGAAGAAAGCUUAUCGAAAGCUUGCUCUGAAGUUCCACCCAGACAAAAAUCAUGCACCAGGAGCAACAGAAGCUUUUAAAAAGAUUGGAAAUGCAUAUGGUGUGUUAAGCAAUCCAGAAAAAAGAAAGCAAUAUGACCUCACAGGUGGUGAAGAACAAUGCAGUCAUCCUGGCAAUGGCAGAUUUAACUUCCACAGGGGCUGCGAAGCAGAUAUCACUCCAGAGGACCUUUUCAAUAUGUUCUUUGGAGGUGCAUUUCCAACAGGUAGUGUGCAUUCCUUUUCCAAUGGACGGUCUGGAUAUAGUCAUCAUAAUCAGCAUCGCCACAGUGGACAUGAAAGAGAAGAGGAGAGGGGUGAUGGUGGAUUCUCUAUGUUCAUUCAGCUAAUGCCAAUUAUUGUGCUGAUCCUUGUCUCUUUGCUGAGCCAGCUGAUGGUGUCUAAUCCUCCUUAUUCCUUAUAUCCAAGAUCGGGUUCGGGGCAGACCAUUGAGAUGAAGACCGAAAACUUGCGCAUUCCCUAUUAUGUCAACAAAGACUUUAAAAAUGAAUACAAAGGUCCAAAUUUGCAGAAGAUAGAAAAGAGUGUGGAAGAGGACUAUGUGUCAAACAUCCGAAAUAACUGUUGGAAAGAAAGACAGCAAAAAACAGAUUUACUAUAUGCAGCAAAAGUGUACCGAGAUGAACGACUUCGAAGGAAAGCAGAAGCCAUUUCUAUGGAUAAUUGCAAAGAACUAGAACGAUUGACCAGCCUCUAUCGAGGAGGAUGAACUAUAUGUUGGCCUGCACUGAACUGAAGUACACAAUAUCUAUGUGUUUAAAAAGAAAAAAACCCGAGGAAAUACUGUUCUGUCAUGACAGCUAAAAAAGAGGGAUGUAAAACUACUGUGUAGCUGUUUCCAAAAACCUUAUCCUGAAGUUCCAAUAUCAUUUAAUAGCCUCUUUACUUAGUCUGAAGUAUAUGAAAAGGUUUGUUUACAUCACUGAAUUGUUCUUUAAAUUUUACUCCCAAUGCUUCUGUGAAUUCUUCUACAAGGAAGAAGCAGCUCAGAUUGGCUAGCUUUACUUGUAGAAAUGUAAACAUAGUGGUUUUCCUUCUGAAAUACUUGCCAUGUAAAUAUGUGUGGGGAAGAACACUAGUGUGUAUAUAAAAUGUUAAAAUCUCUAAGGCAUAUUUAGAGUCAUUAAAACUUUUAAUCUCAUGGAUGGAAUAAAUGAUACGACUACAUCAUUCUUUAUUCAGGUAUCAAGUGUGUGAAAUUGAAAGGAAAAGAUAACUUUUUUUGCAUAAAGUUCUAACUUGAAGGAACUUAGUAUCUUUUUUUCAAUGGGUCAUGUUGAUUUUUAGUUAAAAUACUUCAUUAAAUCAGUUUAUUGCCAGAAUUCUGGCAUUUUCCUCUUGCAGCUUUAACACUUCAUAUCUAAGCAGUGACUGGAGAAAUCUAUACCAGGCUAUUUCUUGCUAAGUGAAAUAUAGUCACCCUAAAACCGGAAUAUACAAACAUUCCAUUUAGCAUGCUGCUCUUCUGGUAUGCUAAAAGAAAACCUGGUAUAAUAAAGACAGUGCUGCUGCUGCGUCUCCCACCCUUUUAACAUUUUGAGUUGCAAAUUCUUUCAACAUGGAAGGCAUGGAAUUUCCUAUUUUGUAAAUCUGUAAGCAGCUUUGAUAUACAUUGGUGUUUAAAAAUAGCUUUUUGGCAGCCUAGCAUUUUUGUUAACCUGUAGCACUGAUUUCCCUGGACAUCAGACUAAUUAAGAAAGUUGUUCCUGAACUUAAGCCUUGUGCCUUUGAACCAUUUUGCUGAUUCUCAGGUUGUUUUGAAUUGCUGCUAUUAGUUGUACCUGGAACUUAGAUUUGCCCAAUCAUCCCAAGUAAGAAGUCAUGGAGCAAGUGUUUCAGUCCUGAUGUGUGCCGAAUAUAAUUUUAUAAAGAUCGUUGAAUAGCAAGAAUGUAAUGAAGGUGAUUAGAUUUUGAGGACUUGUAUAAGAAGCACGCAUGUAGUCACUUUCAUUAGUGUAAAAGCAAUGUGCAGUUUUGGAGACACUAAAACAUGGCAGACCUGGUGUCUGAGAAAUGAAGAUUUUAGUAAAUGUUUGUAAGCUACUGCACAUCAAAUUCUACUUCCAAAUAAUUUUUUUUUAAUUUUCCAUGAUUUGCUGUAAAGGGUAGAAACUGUGAUUUAUCUUAGAAAAUAGAACAAGCCUGCAGAAUUAUUUCAGCUUCUAUCAGAAUUUUUAAUUUGGGUAAGAAUAUAUUACCUUCUUUUUCCGUAGUAAAUUUCAGUGUUGUCUGAUUCAUACAGGUAAGUUUUUAAAAAUAGAUCAAACAUUUCUAAAGAGAUCCAUUUUCCUUGAUUGAUAGGACUGCUUAGACACAAAGUUUUUAUGUGAAACCAAUCUUCUACACAUACUUAAGGCUUUUGAAUGGCUAACUAUCCAGAAGCCUACAGCAUAGUUUCAGAGCCACUGUCUAAAUUACAACUGUUUUUGUAUAAACUUUUUGUAAUAUAUAUCUGAAAUGUGUUUCAGAGGGGAAAGAAUUGCAGAACAGGAUGGCUGUGAGUUGCACAAGUAACCUCAGUUAAGUAAAGAAUGUUUUAAAUGUUUUAAAAUAACAGGUUUUUAGUUUGUUUUGUGAAUUACAGAGUUUGUUUAAUUUGCAAAAUUCACUUAAAAUUAAUUUAAAUUUACUUAAAAUGUUACAUGCAAUAUCACAAGUAAUAGUUACUUUCAACUUGCUUCCUUUCAUUUACAGUAGGCACUUGGGGGUCUUUUGAACCCCCAGGAUCUUUUUUGCACUUACCCCAAUACCCCAUAAAGAAAAGGUAGAAUACACUAGUAUUUUCACUCCUGCAAGCAUCCAGGGACUACAGCUUUGCUUGUCCCCCAUCUCCCUUUUUGUGUGUGUGUGUCAGGAGCAACUUGAGAAACGGCAAGUGACUCCAUCUCCCUGCCCAAUUGGAAGUUUUAAAAACUGAUGUGGGACUCUCAACCACUUCCAGUUUGAUUUGUGUAUGUUUUCUCGUUCAGCCACUCACCAUGAAUUUAGGGACUGAAGUGUUGCUGCUAGACUUCACACAUUGCAGAGGCAGAAGAGUCACACAUGGACCCUUUUGGCUGUCUAGUUGUAUAGAAUACAUGAAUUUAUGGUAUCUUUCAAAAUUGUGGAACUUACUUGGAUAUGGAAUAUGUUAAUGUGGACAGCAUUAAUGAUUUAAAGAUGACCUUUUUAUUAGCUCCGAGUAAACAUGUACUGUGUUCAGUGUGUUCCCAACAAAUAUGUUUGUCAAUAGUGGGCAAUUUUGUUUCCCAGGGACCUGCCACAGGUUGCAACCCCUCAAAAUGCUUUUGUUUCUAUAUGUAUGUUCCCCCCUCCCCUGCCACCCCAAAAAGGGCUCUAUUCCCCCCCUUUCCCAAGGAAUGUAAUAUUACCAGUCGUGGGGGCUUCCAAGAAAGCAAUUUUUUUUCCAAAAGAAAAAAAAAUGGAGUGGCUCAAGAAGGCUUUGCUCGCCACCCUUUCCUUACUCCUGAUGUAUACAGUAAAGAGUUUCACAAGAAGCUUACAUCUACAAAGGAGCUUUUACGCAUUGGGGUGGGAGUCUUUUAAUCUGUAAGAACUUUAUUGUUUAAGUUGACUUGAGUAAUGAGUUUCCUAUGAGACAAGAAAGCCACUUUGUCAUUAUUAAAUAAAUGCGGAAGAAUCCAUUGGUAGUCCACAGUUUAAAAACUUUAAUGGUCUUUGAUGCAGUUUUGUGGAAACAUAACAUUUUUAUCUCGUAUAGUUGAUGGAGAAGCCAACUCAUUAGACUGAAAUGGUUGAUGCAGCUCUUCAUGUUUAACCUUUUUAAAACCAUAAUAUGUUUUCUCAAUAAAAUAUAUUCCAAAAAUGUGUGCGCUGUGAGAAAAGACUUCCUAGUUUUUACAAGAAAGGAAUUUCCAUGUGCAAUGUGUAUUCCCAAGAACAUUAAGAUAAACAGAAUCAUUUCUGCACUUAAUACAUUGGAAAAAAAAUACCAAUGCCCUACAGACCAAUUAUGUUUUCAGAACAAUUGCUGCCAAAAGAUGACUAUCUGAUAGUGACUACUAAUUUGUUGGGAUUUCAUAAAACAUGUCAGACUCUACAAGCUUAACUUGACAGUGAGUAACAUUGGCAAUAAGUUAUUUUUAAGUAAGUGUGCUUAGAAAUUGAACUGUCAGAUAUGUCUCAUGGAAGCUCUUAAACUGGAAGGGGCUUCAGUGUUCGUUUUGGAAGGGCUGAUAGGAUGAGAGAUCUAUUUGUGAAUCAUGCUUUACCAGUUUAUAACAGACACCCUGCAAAUGAAAUUCUAUGAAAUUAAGACUGGCAUCUUAACAAGAAAUAUGUCAUUUAACUGUAGGUUUAAUGGUUAGAUUUUUAAAAAUCUAAUUUGUACUUACCUAAUGUAAUAUCAGACUUCUAUCAAAAUAAAAUUAUUUUCGGUGUGAAUA